AUGCUUCUAAAUGAAGAUUUGAUUGUUUGGCUGAUAUUAUUAUUCUCAUGGACUGAAUACAUAUGGGAAUUGUAUCUUUCCUUACGGCAGUUGAACAUCUACAAAACAAAUAAUACUAUACCUGAUGAUUUAAAUGAAAUGCUCACAGAAGAAUCCUUCAAAAAGGCUCGUCUUUAUGGAAUAGAUAAAUCCAAGUUCAAAAUAGUGAAGGACUUUUACAGCAUAGCACUAAUAUCCAUUAUAUUGUAUAAUCGAUGGAUAUAUGUGGCUUGGCACAAAUCGGAACAUUUUGCAGAAUUUUUCAAUAUAUCACCUGAUCAAGAAAUAUUAAUUAGUUGCAUAUUUAUGUCUUAUGUAACUUUAUUUAAUUUUAUUGUUAAUAUGCCUUUCACAAUUUAUGGAACAUUUGUGUUGGAGCAAAAUCAUGGAUUCAAUAAACAAACCGUUGGCUUUUUUAUAAAAGAUCAAUUGAAGUCACUAGUGCUAAGUCUUGUAAUUGUUUUGCCAAUAAUUUCCGUGUCAAUUUAUAUCAUUAUGUUGGGUGGAAAUAUGUUUGUUGUUUGGCUAUGGUUAUUUACAACAGUGGCUACAUUAAUACUUUUAACACUUUACCCAACAGUUAUUGCACCAUUAUUUGAUAAAUUUGUUACUUUACCUGAUGGUCCACUCAGAAAAGGUAUUGAGGAUUUGGCUUCAAAACUCCACUUCCCACUUUCUCAAGUAUAUAUUGUAGAAGGUUCAAAGAGGUCAGCACAUAGCAAUGCAUACUUUAGUGGACUUUUUGGUGCAAAAAGGAUAGUUUUAUUUGAUACUCUGGUAGAAAAGCAUGAUGAACAGAAAAAAGUAACAACAGGAUGUACAGAUAAUGAAAUAUUAGGCAUUUUAGCUCAUGAACUUGGACAUUGGAGUUGUAGUCAUAUUUACAAGUCAAUUGCUCUCACGGAAGUCAAUUUAUUAUUAUUAUUUACAGCAUUUGGCUUACUUUUCAAAUACUCAAUGUUAUAUACAGCUCUUGGUUUCCCCGCAGGGCAAGAGCCUGUGAUCAUAGGUCUAAUAGUAGUCUUACAGAUGAUUCUUGCUCCAUAUAAUUCUUUAUUAUCAUUCUUUGCUACGGCACUUUCAAGAAAAUUUGAGUUUGAAGCUGAUAAUUUUGCAGUUUCUUUAAACUAUCCAAAUGAACUGAGAUCUGCAUUAAUUAAGCUAGGUAAAGACAAUCUAGACUAUCCUAUUUAUGAUAAACUGUAUUCAGCAUGGUACCAUUCACAUCCUACUUUGUUACAUAGAAUUGAAAAUAUUAAAAACAAAAUUGCCAAUGAGAAAAAUGACUAG